CGCACCGGCAGCCGGCUGACCCAGCAGCCCGCGCCCGCGCCCUUGUCCGCGCGAGCCGGCGGCGGGCUCCAGUCAGCCGGCGACAUGAGCGGCGGCGGCGACGACGUGGUGUGUACCGGCUGGCUGAGGAAAUCGCCUCCCGAGAAGAAGUUGAGGCGCUAUGCCUGGAAAAAACGCUGGUUUAUACUUCGGAGUGGCCGGAUGAGUGGAGACCCAGAUGUUCUGGAAUACUACAAGAAUGAGCACUCCAAGAAACCCCUGCGGAUCAUCAACCUGAACUUCUGUGAGCAAGUAGAUGCAGGCCUGACUUUCAACAAGAAAGAGCUGCAGGAUAGUUUUGUGUUUGAUAUCAAGACCAGCGAGCGCACGUUUUACCUGGUGGCUGAGACAGAGGCUGACAUGAAUAAGUGGGUCCAGAGCAUUUGCCAGAUCUGUGGCUUCAAUCAAGCUGAGGAGAGCACAGACUCUCUAAGAAACCUUUCUUCAGCCAGUCAUGGCCCCCGCUCUUCUCCAGCUGAGUUCAGCUCCAGUCAGCACCUGCUCCGAGAACGGAAGUCUUCAGCCCCUUCACACUCUAGCCAGCCCACUUUAUUCACAUUUGAGCCCCCUGUGUCAAGCCACAUGCAGCCUGCCUUGUCUACCAGUGCACCUCAGGAGUAUCUCUACUUGCACCAGUGCAUAAGCAGAAGAACAGAAAAUGCAAGGAGCGCCAGCUUCUCUCAGGGCACCCGGCAGAAGAGUGAUACAGCUGUGCAAAAACUUGCCCAGAGCAAUGGACACUGUAUCAACGGAGUCAGCGGUCAAGUCCAUGGCUUCUAUAGCCUUCCCAAGCCAAGCCGACACAAUACAGAAUUCAAAGACAGUACUUAUGAUCUUCCACGGAGCCUGGCUUCACAUGGUCACACCAAGAGCAGCCUCACAGGGUCUGAGACUGAUAAUGAGGAUGUGUACACCUUCAAGAUGCCCAGCAACACCCUGUGUCGGGAGUUUGGAGACCUCCUUGUGGACAAUAUGGAUGCUCCAACCACCCCUCUCUCAGCCUACCAGAUCCCUAGAACAUUCACACUGGACAAGAACCACAAUGCCAUGACAGUGGCCACUCCUGGAGACUCAGCCAUAGCUCCCCCACCCCGGCCCCCCAAGCCAAGUCAGGCAGAAACACCUCGAUGGGGCAGCCCUCAGCAAAGACCUCCAAUCAGUGAAAAUAGCAGAUCUGUAGCUGCUACUAUCCCCAGACGCAAUACCCUCCCUGCAAUGGACAACAGCCGACUCCACCGAGCUUCUUCCUGUGAGACAUAUGAGUACCCAACACGAGGCAGUGGAGAGAGUGCCAGCUGCUCUGCUGAAUCUCCAGGAAAGACUGCCGUGGGUCGAUCAAACAGUGCCAGCUCUGAUGACAACUACGUGCCCAUGAACCCAGGUUCUUCUACCCUGCUGGCUAUGGAACGAGCAGGAGACAAUUCCCAGAGUGUCUACAUCCCCAUGAGCCCAGGGCCUCAUCACUUUGACCCACUUGGCUACCCAUCUACAGCUCUUCCUAUUCACAGAGGCCCCAGCCGAGGAAGUGAGAUCCAGCCACCCCCAGUCAACCGAAACCUCAAGCCUGACCGAAAAGCAAAGCCAACACCCCUUGACCUGAGAAACAACGCUGUCAUCGAUGAGCUCCCCUUCAAAUCACCUGUCACCAAGUCUUGGUCCAGGAUCAACCACACCUUUAACUCCAGUUCCUCCCAGUACUGCCGUCCUAUCUCCACACAAAGCAUCACCAGCACAGACUCGGGAGACAGUGAGGAGAACUAUGUCCCCAUGCAAAACCCAGUGUCUGCAUCCCCUGUUCCUAGUGGCACUAACAGCCCAGCUCCAAAGAAGAGUACUGGCAGUGUGGAUUACCUGGCCCUGGACUUCCAGCCGGGCUCCCCAAGCCCUCACCGAAAGCCAUCCACAUCAUCUGUCACAUCGGAUGAGAAGGUAGACUAUGUCCAAGUGGAUAAAGAGAAAACCCAGGCCCUGCAGAACACCAUGCAGGAGUGGACAGAUGUGCGACAGUCCUCAGAGCCUUCCAAGGGUGCCAAGCUGUAAUGAAGGGGCCAUCCAGUUCAAGAGCCAUGAGGCAGCUGCCUGACCUGGCUAUUCUGUCAUCUCCUUCUCCAUUCCUUCCUACACCUCCUCUCCCCUGUACCACUUUCAGCCUUCAAAACACUCAACAUCAGGGACCUGAUCCUUCCCCAUCAGAGGCAAGGGCCUGGUGGAGGCACUUCCUCUGCCACUUGGGUUCCACCUAUGACUUCUGUCAAUACUAGCUGUGCCUCCACCACCUUAGUUAGCUGUUGCCAAAAAAGCUUCCUGCUUUGGACCCAUUUGUCUGCUGCUUGGUCUCUUAGAGGGAGGGUUAGAGCUCUGAGCUAGGCUCGUGCCUCAUGUCUGCUCGCCGCUGUCUACCCUCUACCUCAGGGCUGCUUCUCCAUCCCCAGAGAGAAUGAUGACCUGGGGAGCCAAGAACCAGCAGACCAAAGUACACAUGGGCUUUCAUGUCUCUAUUUUGGCAAGGAAAAAGCAAGAUGCCACAAGAAGAAAUGGUUGAUAGUGGAAGUCAGGAGCUGCCUUGAGUGAGGAAGAAGUUAGGUUCCCAGACAUGGGAAUGUAGCUGAUAACCUGCAGGGUGGUACCCAGUAUCAGUCCAUGGUACGCCUCUGCUGUAGACUGGGAGAGGAGUAUGAAGGACAGCUGGAAGGAAAACUGAUAAUAAGCAACCAGGAACAAUAAAGAACAAAAGUCUUUGGGUGGCAAAGUUUGGAGCUAGAGGACUCUGCCACUCUGGGACAGGCAGUCCUCUUCCCUGGCCCUGAUGAAGAUAUGAGACAGAGGGGGAAGAGACAGUAGCAGGUGAUAUGGGGGAUGGGAGGCAGGGGGAUCCUGGGACAGAAGUGUGCUAGGCACAGAGCAGUGCAGGGACACUGCCACAGAAAGAAAGUUACUAGUAGGUAGGAGGGUGCAGAGAUGACUUAGGGACCAAGAGGCAAGGAAGACAUGUAGCAAGUGGGGACACAUGCAGGGAUAGAGCAGGGAGCAGAAUGAGAAGGAGCUAUAUUUUAACCAAGUAAUCUAGAGAGCACAGGAGGGUCUGGGUAAUGGCUUGUGCCAGACAGAAGCACCUCUGACCUAGUGACAGACCAGGUCUUUUCUCUGUUGUCCUCAGCUGCAGAGAUGGUAGAAACUAACCCUCUCCUCCCAUGGCUUCAGAGGUCACCAGAGCAGAAGGGAUGGGAAGCUGUCAUUGCUUAAGGCUCUUAAGACAGGGCAGGGAGAUCUGAAUGUGUUUGUGUUGAAAGUUGUUGACCAAAUUUUCAAGCAUUUCAUUUCAGAAGAAAAAACAGGGCAAACUAGCAUUUCAUUUUGCCCUACAUGAACAGAUUGUUGUCCUCUAAAAACUAGGACUAUUCAGCAACUAAAGGCACACCUCACCUCUCUCCUCCAGAAAGCCCUGUCCAGGAAUUCCUCAGUGGUAGCUCCUCUUCUCACAUUAGGAUGGAUCAUGUAGUAAUGGUUGCCAAGCCUGUGCUGCCGAUGAAUCAUGCCUUGUCCCUAGCUACAGGUCACAAUCAGUGAGAGACGUAAACGAUGAAGGUGACUGGCAAGUACAUAGAAAGGGAAAGUGCUGAAGGAGACCGAGCCACAGGAGGGAAGCCUCAAGGAGAAAGAAAGCAGAGUGAGUUUUAAGCAGAAAGGGUAAGCAGGGGUGGGUCCAUGGAGGAAACAGAAGAUGAGGGAAGCCUCAGCUUUGGGAACAGAAGGUCUUUGAAGGGAUAAAGCCAGUCUUAGAAGUGUGCACUGUCACCUUGAGUGAGAUGGGGCUGUGGAUGGUUGCACUGAGCAGGGUUACAAGGUACUUGGCUGGCCCUGCCCAUCCUUAUGGUGUCCUUUAAGGCCUUCAGUGGGUCUCCCAUGUGGCUCAGCUUCUGACUGGUGCUGCAGCUCAUAGCAGGUCUAGGCAGUACUGGCCUCAGCAGCCACCCCACAAACCCCAGAGCCCAUCUUCUGAGUUGAGUAUGCCAUGUGAAUGGAGCUGGCUGCCAUUUACCAAAAUGGAGGUAUUCUAGUUAGUCUCAAGGCCUGUCUUGCUCUGGUUCCAACCUGUGGAAAGCUGAGCUCUGGCUCACAAUUCCCAGACUUUGGCCAUGUCUAAUGUACCCACCCAUCCUCCAAACCCCAAAUAGGAAAAGCCAAUUUCAUUUAGGAAAAAAAAGUAUGUUGGUUUACCCAUAAGUCAAAGUUCACCUCCCCUGGUGGCUGUCAAGGACUAAGAGCCAAGAACACCCAUCACCUCUUAGCUAGCAUAACUCCCACAAGUACCUGUCCUGCAAGGCAGGGCCUCUUCCCACUUCAUCCUGCUAGAUUACAGUUUAGUAGGAACAGUGAAGAAAGGGGGAGACAUCUCCUUGAGACUUGCCAGUCUGUGAAAUGGGAUGGUCACAGCUGAUACUCUGCUGCUGUAAGAAACUGGGUGAUCCUUUGAAGGUCUGGGUUACUGGGGAAGAGCAGCACACAGAACGUUAGCUCAUUAACUGCCUCCCUCUCUAUCUGGAUUUUGCUGAUUGCUGCAUUGACUCCAUGAAAAGAAGCCACAUUCCCAGAAUAGAAGCACAACCCUUCUGAAGUUACUAGAACAAGGAAGGGUUCAGGUCCCAUCUGCCUUCAGGCCCUUUAUCUGUCAGUGGCUAUAGUCCCAGCCACGGCUCCCUCCCCUCCCUGCAACAAAGCUUUGCAAGCUAUGAGAGAAAGUAGCUCUUCCUUUCCAUUUGGGCCUUUGGCUGUAAAGUGUGGGGAAGCAAGCUGACCUUAGAGGGCCAUAUUUCUGGGACUUCCUAUAUUUGCAGUCUUGGAAAGGAAGCAACAGCCAGACUUGCCAAAGGCGCCUGCUAAUAAUUUGUGCUGUCAUGGUAUCUGGUGGUGUGUGUUCUUGUGUAAUCUGUUGGCUACUUGUGUCUUGAAAUUUAGAAUCAUUUUGUUCAGGAUUGUUACUAUUUGUUGGAAAGAAAAAUGAAAUAGAAGCAGCCUAGUUUUACAUCGUGUCUUGUUACCAUAUAAGAUUGACAUUUAAUUUUUCACGUCAUUGUUGGUGCCUAAUCACUUAAGUUAUUAAUUUAUUCUGUUUUCAAAAAAACUGUAACAUAUUUAUCUUGUGAAGUCUGGGGGUGGGGUGGGAAAUGUGUUCAAGUGAGUCUUGUUUCACAGUGGUAACAAAUGGUACAGGCCUGGAGCUUGCAGGUCCCUUUUUAUUAUGGUGUAGAAGCAGGACAAUAAAGUCCUUUAGAAAUGCAA